AUGAAGUUCUCCAUCGCCUCCACCUUCGUUACCCUCCUCGCCGUCGCCAGCGCCGCCACGGUUGAGACCCCCGAGCAGUCGCUUGACCGCCGUGCCGUCCUCCUCAUGGAGCGUCAGGGCGCCAACGCCAACAGGCCCGUCCCUGAGGGAUCGUGCUGUGUUGCCAACACCUCGCUGAAGCAGGACGUCUGCCGUCUCAACGGCCAGAACGGUCGCUGUGUGCCUUCUGGCAGCGCCAACUGCGGUGCCCGUCUUACCUGCAUCCAGGACAGCGCCCUGACCUGCGACGCCAAGAAGACUGAGCGUGGCCGUCCUUUCUGCCGUCCCACCAACGGCAGGAAGCGCGACGUCAGGUCGGCUUCCGACAUUGUCGGCGCUGCUGCCGUCGCCGCCGAGCAAGACUAA